AUGGUUACCGGGAUGGAUAGGAGGUUGUCGGGGAGGCGUAUCGAAUGUCGCGUCUUGAUCGGGGGGAGCUAUAAGCUUAAGAAAUCGAUCAAUGUGAUGGUAGCAGAAAACUCGAGAAACGCAAGGAGGGAAGAAAAAGAGAAGAAGAAGAAGGGAAGAAGAAGAAGAAGAAGAAGAAGAGGAGGAGGAGGGGAGAAGAAGAGGUGGAGGAGGAGGAGGACGCGAGGUUUCGCACCCGGCAAGCGCGCCCGGUCACGUUGCUUGCUCGCUUGCCCCUUUGGGAAAGGAGAAGGAGCAUCCAUGUCUGAUAUCCUGUGUCCAAUGACUUUCGCAGCAGCAGCAGCAACAACAGCAGAAGCAGCAGGACGAGAGCCGUGUGGACGGGAUAUACCUAGGUAG